UGCGUUUCAGAAUGAUUACUGGUGUCUGUCCGGUCAGUGCAGAGGGAGAUUAUACGGCUCCACACAACUGUCGUUUUAAUCCCCUGGCCAAGGAGAUUUAGCAUAGAGAGAAAAAACAUUGGGUUUUAAAUCCAGUAGCCAUAUUGUAUGGAAAAACCACGGAGGAGCUCCUCUUGUCAGAAAACUUCGUCUUCCCAGACGCCUUUGUCAAGUUUUGUGGAGUUUGAUUUUCAGUUUUACUGAAGGUUGGUUGGUGUUGUAGCAGCUAGCCUACCAGCUGGCUGAGGAAUUCAAAGACUGGGAUUAGUUUUGAAGCAUUUACACAACAUUUCCCUUCUGUCGCUUUGGUGUAAAAGGUGCUAAACUAACCGACUGAAAGAUGAAGGACCGAUUGGAGCAACUCAGAGCGACGUGUGAUCAAGAUGACGACGAGGUGGAGAUUGCGAUGGACAAUGCAGCCUUCAUGGAUGAGUUCUUCUCUCAGAUUGAAGACAUUAGGAACAGUAUUGACAAAAUUGAUGACAAUGUGGCUGAAGUCAAAAAGCUCUACUCGGUCAUUCUGUCUGCUCCUACAUCAGAUCAGAAAACACAGGAUGACCUGGAGGCAAUCACCAACGACAUUAAAAAGAUGGCCAACAAUGCAAGAAAUAAAUUGAAGACCAUUGAGAGGAAUCUGGAAUCGGAGGAACAGGAGAGGGUGUCUGCUGACUUGCGGAUACGUAAAUCACAGCAUGCAGUACUGUCCAGGAAGUUUGUGGAAGUUAUGACAAAGUACAAUGAAGCUCAGGUGGACUUUAGGGAGAGGAGUAAAGGUCGUAUACAGAGACAGCUAGAGAUCACUGGAAAAGCAACAACUGAUGAAGAACUGGAGGAGAUGCUGGAGAGUGGCAAUGCUGCCGUCUUCACAGCAGGGAUUGUGGACUCUGGGAUCUCCAAACAAGCCCUGAGUGAGAUUGAAUCCAGGCACAAAGACAUUGUCCGUCUGGAAAGUAGCAUCAAGGAGCUGCACGAUAUGUUUGUAGACAUUGCCAUGCUGGUAGAGAGCCAGGGCGACAUAGUAGACAACAUAGAGCAGAAUGUAUCCAAGUCGGUGGACCACAUAAUAGUCGCUCAGGAACAGACCAAAAAAGCUGUAAGGUACCAGACCAAAGCACGAAAGGGUGGAAUGAUUGAGAGGAUUGAGAGCAACAUGGACCAGUCAGUGGGCUUUGUGGAGAGGGCUGUAGCCGACACUAAGAAAGCGGCAAAGUUUCAGCAAGAGGCUCGCCGUAAAAUGAUCAUAAUAGUGGUGGUUGUGCUGGUGUUGCUGGGAUUACUUGCUCUCAUUAUCGGGUUGUCAGUGGGACUGAAGUAAAGCUGAUGAGCUUUCUGAGUAAGACCAGACUCAACGAAGAUGACGAUCAUUGGUGCUGUCUGUGCUGUGGUUCCUAUCAUCUCAUCUCAUCGUCAUCCACUCACUUGUAAUGGGAUUUUUUCUUCGUCUCUGUCAUCCACUCGUUCAUUAUCACCCCAUCCGUCCCUCCAUCAGCUGACUGACCAAAAAAGAGUUUGAUUCUGGUCAUCUUCAGAGGGACAUCGUCACAUUUCACCCCCAGAUGCAUAAAUCGUAAGCUCGUCAGUAGAGGAAGACUUUCUUUGUUACAGUUGAGGAACUGGAAAAUUAGAAAAUCUAUGAAUUACUUUUACCAAUCCCUCCCCUCACCAUCGUUCCUGGUCUGUGUGGGUUUGUUGGAUUCCCUCAGGCACCGUGGACAGUUUGAGAAUACUCACUGUAAAUGAGAACAUGAGACUGAGGCUACAAGAAACUGUAUUGCAUGUGCAGGGGGUGAAAAGGGAAGUGAAUCGAUCAUGGUUCCACAUGUGUCACCAAACAUUUCAUUGUUCAGCAUUUGUUGCCAAAGAAUCAGCCUUUAAGUGUUUGUCAUAUAAAGUACCUUAUUUUAUUGUCCAGUAGAUUUCAGUGAGACGCCGGUGAAGCCUUGUAGAAGCACAUGACCUCACCUUCAUUGCCUUUCCUUGAUGAGCCUUGAAACAUUUAUGAUUUAAAAAAAAAAAAGCUAGCUACUGUAUUCUCACUGUAACUGGGUAUGUUAGUUCGGAGUAGGUCGGAAGAGCACUUUUCACAUUUCAGAAUACGACUUAUGUCUGUAAUUAAGCUCAGAUGAUUAUGUAAAUAAUAGAAAUAUUAUAUUUGUGUUAUGAAUGUUUAGAAUUGAAUGUGACUCAGUUCUUCAACAUGAAGAGGACUGGUGUGCCCACUGCCCACUGCCCACUCAUGAUUCUUCUAUGUUAUAAGCACUCUGGUUUGAGUCUUGUGAGGGAAACUGCUAAUGGAAACACCUUUCAUUAAAGGGUGGGACUACAAUGAGCAAACAAGCAUGAAGAACUGGGGAAUUAACAUGCAUUUCUUGUUUUUUAAACACCAUUUUGUCUAUAAAGACACAAGUGUCUCCUGUUAAAAUUCAAGUUUUAUUGCCACAUGAUGUAAAGAUACUGCUAGUAACGUGGAUUGUUUUGCCAGAAGAGCCAAAUUAGUGAAUGUAUUUAUUGCACCUGUUGAUGGAAGUGUUGCUAAUAAAGUCACACCUAGAGAAGGAAGUGGAACUUUA